ACUAAUUCAUUCUUCUUUUACUUGUUCCCCAAUUGUUUCUUCGUGCCUUUUGUUUAAAUUCACGAUAAAAGCAAAAAAUAAGCUGAAGCUGAUGGAUGACUCUUAGAUGCUAUUUUCUCCAUUAAUUAAAAAUAUGUAGCAUACGUGGCAACAUAAAAAUUAUUGGAUAAAUCUAACAGUGUAUAUUCUUUUGACUGCAGCGUCUCGACUACAGCAAAUCAAAAUCCGUAACACCUCUCUCCACUCUUGCGCGCCGCGACCUCCCUCCCACCAGGCCACCACACCUCUUGUUCGUAGUUCGCGUGCAGUGUCGUCUUCUCCCUCUUCGCUUUUUCUCGGUCUCCGUCUCCGUCGUGCUCUCUGCGUGGCUCUGCGAAAUCACUAAACCAAACUGAAACAGUGGGAAACAGAUGUUGAAACAGAUGAGCAAUAACAAUGGUUGCUCAUGGCUCUCAUCUAUAGUGAGACACUACUCUAGAAUUCGUCCACCAAAGCCCGUUUCUGUCGAAAAAGUAAUCAGAGUUUCUAAUAACAUUGCUCGCUUGGAUGUGCCCAAAGAAGGUCCUAAACCCAGACAGUUACUAUCAUUGCCUCCUUUUCCUUGUCACCCUUUGCCUGGCAAAAACUCAACCAGUGCACCUGGAAAGCGUGACCAUGUCACUGCUGUCAACUGGAUUAAAUAUUAUUUUAAGGGCACGUCUGGUUCUGUCAUUGAGUCACAUUUCAGGGAGGGUCUUGUGCAAAUGGAGGACCUAAUUGUUGACGACUCUUUCAAACAAAAGAAAGAGCUGAUGAAACCUAUGCGAAAGAUUAGACCCAAUGAAGUGAUGAAGCCCGGUGCCAGGGUUCAUGUCUCAGUAUCCAUGGCUGAAACUAAGAUUUCCAAAAGAUUUGAUCCUAUACCAAGUGGAACACUAUGUCCAAAUGCUGAUGAAAUUAAGUAUCUGCAGAGGCUUGUGAUUUACAAGGACUCGGCGAUUAUUAUGCUAAAUAAACCUCCGAAAUUGCCGGUUAAGGGGAAUCUUCCAGUUCAUAAUAGCAUGGAUGCAUUGGCAGCUGCAGCACUAUCCUAUGAUUACGACGACGGACCUAAACUGGUUCACCGUCUUGACAGAGAGAGCAGUGGCAUCCUUUUACUGGGGAGAACAAAAGACAGUGUAUCUCACCUUCAAUGGUUAUUCAGUAACAUAAACAAUACAAAAUCUUCUUGUAAGGCUUGGAAUGAUGCAUGUGAAUCUACAUAUCAAAGAUAUUGGGCAUUGGUGAUUGGGACUCCCAAGGAGAAGGAAGGCAUAAUUCAUGCUCCUCUUUCUAAGGUGCUUCUGAAUGAUGGGAAGACUGAGAGGGUGAUACUAGCUCACGAGUCGAGUAUAGAACCUCACCAAGAGGCUGUAACUGAGUAUCGGGUGCUUGGUCCAAAGAUAAAUGGAUGCUCAUGGGUUGAGCUGCGUCCACUUACUUACCGGAAGCAUCAGUUGCGUGUCCAUUGUGCUGAAGCACUUGGGACUCCAAUAGUCGGUGACUAUAAGUACGGUUGGUUCGUGCACAGCCGAUGGAAACAAAUGCCACGAGUUGAUAUCGAGCCAACAACCGGUAAACCAUACAAGUUGCGGAGACCAGAAGGCCUAGACGUUCAGAAGGGAAGCGUCUUGUCUAAGGUCCCUCUAUUGCAUCUCCAUUGCAGAGAACUUGCACUCCCCAACAUUGCUAAGUUUCUGAAUGUUUUAGAAAAGAGCUCACAACAACUUGAUCCUUCACUUAGCUUGCAGCCUGAUGUUCUUCGCUUUGUGGCAACAAUGCCUAAUCAUAUGAGAAUUAGUUGGAAUCUUAUGUCAUCCUAUUUAGUUUGAGAAAAUAUUAUUAACUUAUGGAGAAAGAAAUAGAUGUCAAUCUACUAUUUUAAAGUUAAGGCAUGAAUCUUUUUGCGUGCUAAGAUUUUUGUAAAAAAUUUGAUCUUACUAAAUUUAUGUUAGUUAGAUUAAUGCAUGAAUUAGUGU